GUAUUCAGCAGGUACUAUAGAUGCCUUGGAGAUGAUGGACGACGACAAGGUCGACCUUGACCUUAUAGCAGCACUUAUCAGACACAUCGUUUUGGAAGAAGAGGACGGUGCAAUUCUGGUGUUUCUUCCAGGCUGGGACAACAUUAGCACUUUGCAUGAUCUCUUGAUGUCACAAGUCAUGUUUAAGUCAGAUAGGUUUAUUAUCAUACCUUUGCAUUCAUUGAUGCCUACUGUUAACCAGACCCAGGUUUUUAAGAAGACCCCGCCGGGAGUGAGGAAAAUCGUGAUUGCUACCAACAUUGCAGAAACUAGCAUUACAAUAGAUGACGUCGUGUUCGUUAUAGAUGGUGGAAAAAUAAAGGAAACUCACUUUGACACACAGAACAACAUCAGCACGAUGGCAGCAGAGUGGGUCAGUAAGGCGAAUGCCAAGCAGAGGAAAGGCCGAGCAGGGAGAGUUCAGCCAGGCCACUGUUACCAUCUGUACAAUGGGCUGCGUGCCAGCCUUCUAGACGAUUAUCAGUUGCCGGAGAUCUUGAGGACUCCUCUGGAAGAACUCUGUUUGCAAAUCAAGAUUCUAAAGCUUGGUGGAAUUGCUUAUUUUCUGAGCAAACUAAUGGAUCCCCCAUCUCGUGAUGCUGUGAUGUUGGCCAUAAAUCAUCUAAUGGAGCUGAAUGCUUUGGACAAACAAGAAGAACUGACUCCACUAGGUGUCCAUCUAGCACGACUACCAGUUGAACCACAUAUUGGAAAAAUGAUCCUCUUUGGAGCUUUAUUCUGCUGCCUGGAUCCAGUGCUUACCAUUGCAGCUAGCCUCAGCUUCAAAGACCCUUUUGUCAUUCCUCUGGGCAAAGAGAAAGUAGCAGAUGCAAGAAGAAAGGAGCUGUCAAAGAACACUAAAAGUGAUCAUCUGACCGUUGUGAAUGCUUUCACGGGCUGGGAAGAGACUCGACGUCGUGGUUUCAGAACUGAGAAAGACUAUUGCUGGGAAUAUUUCCUGUCUUCAAAUACACUCCAGAUGCUGCAUAACAUGAAAGGACAGUUUGCUGAGCAUCUGCUUGCAGCUGGAUUUGUGAAUAGCAGAGACCCCAAGGAUCCCAAAUCUAAUACCAACUCAGAUAAUGAGAAGUUGCUCAAAGCGGUCAUCUGUGCUGGUUUAUAUCCAAAAGUUGCGAAGAUCCGGCCAAGCUUCAGCAAAAAGAGAAAAAUGGUGAAAGUUUGCACCAAGACAGAUGGAACAGUCAAUAUUCAUCCUAAGUCGGUUAACGUGGAAGAAACAGAGUUCCAUUAUAACUGGCUCGUGUACCAUUUGAAGAUGAGAACUAGCAGUAUUUACUUGUAUGAUUGUACAGAGGUCUCUCCAUACUGUCUCCUGUUCUUCGGAGGAGAUAUAUCCAUUCAGAAGGACAAAGAUCAGGAUACCAUUGCUGUGGAUGAAUGGAUUGUUUUCCAGUCUCCGGCAAGAAUAGCGCACUUAGUUAAGAACUUAAGACAAGAGCUUGAUGAUCUUCUACAAGAAAAAAUAGAAAACCCACAUCCCGUGGACUGGAAUGAUACUAAAUCCAGGGAUACAGCAGUACUGACAGCUAUUAUAGACUUAAUCACAACACAGGAAAAUGAAAGUGCUAGAAACUAUGCUCCACGAUUCCAGAGUGAAUGCUAUAGUUGA